UUUCGGAAUUCUCUCCGGUCUUGUGUGGUUGGGUGUGUCGCUGUUAAACAAAAGAAUCUCAACAUGAGCGGACAACAAUACUACCCUUACAAGUGCACCCCCACGGUGUACCCCGCGGAGCCGUUCGACCCGGCCGCGGAUGCCGAGACCCUUCGCAAGGCUAUGAAGGGCUUCGGCACCGAUGAGAAGGCUAUCAUCGACGUGCUCUGCCGCCGCGGCAUCGUGCAACGCCUCGAGAUCGCGGAGACCUUCAAGACUAACUAUGGCAAGGACUUGAUUAGCGAACUCAAGAGUGAACUCACCGGCAACUUGGAAAAUGUCAUCGUCGCAUUGAUGACUCCCCUGCCCCACUUCUACGCUAAGGAGCUCCACGAUGCUGUCUCAGGAAUUGGAACCGACGAAGAAGCCAUCAUCGAGAUCCUGUGCACGCUUUCCAACUAUGGUAUCCGUACCAUAUCCGCAUUUUACGAACAACUGUACGGCAAGAGCCUGGAAUCGGACUUAAAAGGCGACACGUCGGGACACUUCAAGAGAUUGUGCGUGUCGUUGUGCAUGGCCAAUCGCGAUGAAAACCAGGGCAUCGAUGAAGGCUCAGCUAAAGCCGAUGCUGAAGCACUGGCCGCCGCUGGUGAAGGUCAAUGGGGAACCGACGAAUCAAUCUUCAACUCCAUCCUUAUCACUCGCUCCUAUCAGCAGCUGAGACAGAUCUUCGCCGAGUACGAAGCUUUGACCGGAAAAGACAUUGAGGACUCGAUCAAGAAAGAAUUCUCUGGUAGCAUUGAGAAGGGCAUGCUCGCUAUUGCCAAAUGCGUAAAGAGCAAGGUCGGUUUCUUCGCUGAGCGCCUGUACUACUCGAUGAAGGGCAUCGGCACCAACGACAAGACGCUCAUCCGCAUCGUGGUGAGCCGCUCCGAGAUCGACCUAGGGGACAUCAAGCAGGCAUUCCUCGAGAAGUACGGCAAGUCCCUGGAGACCUGGAUCGCUGAUGACACAUCCGGAGAUUACAAGAAGGCUUUGUUGACCCUUGUCGAUAAAUAAGGUCCCGAGUGGGGAUGACAACAAACCACCUAUCUCGAAUACUCUAAGUUUAAUUUCGUUAUUUUGUUAGGCUUUUAAAAUUUCCACUAGGAACGUGACACUCGAGGUAACGACUGUACCUACUUCUAAAAUAGGAACUACAACGAAAAUAAAUAUCUCUUUUUAAAAGACAGCGUUCCCUCGGCGUGUCACCGGUUAGAUCUGAUGUACAUUUUAUUCAUGGAGAUCUGUAUAUUUUGCUUCCUUUAUACUCAUCAAGGUCACAUAACUUUCUCUGCACCGUAGCUCUAACUGCUUCAGGCGCGCCAGUGCAUGUGGCCACUAGACGCCUUAGUUUUACAAGUAGUUCGAAUUGUUUUCAGGACGAAAUCGCUGGUCCCCUCGGCGACCUCCUCUCGACAAUGUGUUACUAGGCCGCUAGGCGUUAACACCGUAUUACCACCGCCAUAACUGCAGCGCUGUGUGGAGUAAUACUGCAUUAUACACGCAUAGUUCACAAUUAAGACGGGACUUCUUUGGGAUAAUUGUUACGAUAUAUAAUAUACAUGCAUUGUGCCCGUUUGAAGUUCAGUUUUAAUUGCAAACCGAAUAUUCGAAUAAUGAGAGUUCUCGGUCACGUUAUAUACGCCUUAUGUAAUCCAUUAUACUUACGCGUAUCGCAUUUGAAUAUAUUGCAUAAAUGUAAGCUAUUUUUGUAAGAAUUUAUUGUGAUCACACAUUCACCCAAGCCGCAGUGUGCACGUCGCGUGUUUGAAACUAUGGGCCAGUUUUGUUUCCAUUGCCGUUUUUGUUCCGCUAACUUUACUGCAUAGCAUUUUUUUCGGUCUUUGUUUACAGGAAGACCUAACGGGUGACUUCAAGCAUGUGUUGGUCACGCUAAGUGCUUAAAUCCUACAAAAAUAAUAAUUAUAUCGAUUGUUUAUUUUUAUAAUAUUGUUUUGUCGCGCUUGACGCAUGUGAAUUACGGUAGUUACAAAGUACGAUGUGCAAUUUGCAGGACGAUACGAAAGGAGACUUCAAACGCGUGUUACUCACCCUUGUUUCGUAAGAGCAUAAUAAUAAGACUACAAAUGUCUCCAGCAACUGCCUUUUCAAUGUGUAACUGUUAUGAGAUAUGUCUUAGAAAUUAUAGCUUGAUAUUUUUGUGAAAAUGAGAUAUUUAUUGGUGCUGUAGUAUUGUUUACAAUCUACAUUAUAUUUAUUAUUGAUUAAACUCUGUCUAUGUUCGA